UGCCCCACUCUUACUAUUUAAUUGUUUGAGAUGUUAGUCAGAACGUUGUGACAGUGGACAGUGGUCAACAUUCCCCACGGACAGCAGUGAAUAUGAUUCCCGUCAAAUUUCUGGUGGUUUUAGUGCUGACACUUGAAAUAUCUGAUGCACUUUAUUUGAAGAAAUCAUUUAAAGAUUUGUCAAAUGAUGAAGCAGAAGAUUUUCAAAAUGCAAUAAAGACCUAUUUGAACUCUCUUGAUAGAGAAGUAAGACUCCAAGAUUCAGACAGAUACCCUGUUGAUGACAUCACAGGCAGUGAGGAUACCUUAUGGAAUGUGGAGGAUGAAACACAAAGAGAUGUGGACGGAACCUCAGAGGAUGUGGAUGACCCGGCUAAAGAAGAGGAAAAGUUAGAAGAAAUAACUGCUUAUGGUGGUGACUUACUAGAUCAGGGGAAUGUUAACCAAGAUUCGACACUAGCCAAGAUGAUAGAAUCUAUGAUUGUAGAAGUCAAUGGACAGGAUAAAAAGCCAAAAGGAUUACAUCCUGAAUCUGACAGAAAAGUGAAACAAGAAACCAUGGAAACAAUCAAAUAUACUCAUCAACAGUUAGUGGACAUGGGCAUUGAGCAAGGCCAUAAAAAUGAAUUACAGAGAAAUUUUUAUGUUGGUGAAAAUACAUAUUGGGAAAAGGGCAUAGUGCCCUAUACAAUUAAAGGCAGUUUGUCCAACCCCAAAGAGAGAGAGAUAAUUGAAACAGCUAUAGAGGAAUUGGCGAGGAAGACCUGUAUACAACUGGUUCCCAAAGGCAGUAAAGAAGCGCAGGGUCUCAGUCAUACCACCUAUAUAGAAUUUGUUGAUUUUCCGGGAUGCUGGUCCUAUGUCGGAAGAAAUCCAUCAGGUGUACAACAUAUCAGUUUACAAAAUCCCGGUUGUGUGGAUCACUCCACAGUCCAACAUGAGAUCUUGCAUGCUUUAGGAAUGUGGCAUGAACAGAAUCGCUUAGACAGAGAUGAUUACAUUAGAAUUUUAAAGGAAAAUGUAACAUCAGGAAAUGAAUUUAAUUUUGACAAAAAAAAGACCUCAGAUACUCAACCUUAUGAUGCAGAAUCUGUUAUGCAGUAUAGCCUGUAUUCAUUUGGGAAAGAAAUAGGAAAUACAACAUUAAAAACAAUGGAGUUUGUUGACAAAAACCUUGAAUUUCUAGCUGACCUAGACGCUGGACUGGAUUUCUAUGACGUGGCCGAUAUCACUGAUGCAUAUCAAUGUGCAGCUCAUUGUAAAGGAUCAUCCAGACCAAAAUGUGAAAACGGUGGAUUUGUUGACCACAACUGUGAAUGUUUCUGUCCAUCUGGUCUGAAGGGAGACAACUGUCAAGCAGUAGAAACAUCACAAGUGUGUGGAGGUAUUGUCUAUGUAUCCGAGUCAAAGAUCACAGAGAUAAGAACACCUAACUGGCCAUCACCUUAUCCUGUUGGAACAAAGUGUACCUGGUUGAUUAAGGCUCCAGCAGAUAUGUAUAUAAAGUUGACAGAAGACCAGCUUUCCCUCCCAUACAACACUCUAGACAGAUGUUACCAUUGGAUGGAAGUUAGAUACAAUCUGAUUGGUCAACUUGGCGUGAAGAUUUGUGGUGAGACUAAAAACAGGAUCUGGACUACAACACCAUCUGGUGAAUCUAACUUGAUGAUGGUCAGAUUUGAUGCUAAAUUUGCAGACGACAGGGAUCCAUGGCAAGGAUUCAAAAUAAGUGCCACAGCUUUUAACGAAAAAUCUACUCCCACAACUCUACCAAGUGAUGAAUCAACGCCAACAACUCUACCUGGUGAUUCUACUCCCACAACUCUACCGACAACUCUACCAAGUGAUGAAUCAACGCCAACAACUCUACCAACAAUUCUACCGACAACUCUACCUGGUGAUUCAACUCCAACAACUGUAUCAACAACUCUAUCUGGUGAUCCAACUCUGACAACUGUACCGACAACUCUACCUGGGGAUUCAACUCCAACAACUGUACCGACAACUCUACCAAUUGAUUUAACUCCGACAACUCUACCGACAACUUUACCAAGUGAUUCAACUCCAACAACCCUACCAAGUGAACCUUUGACCUGUACUUUUGAACCUGGCUCAGAUUGUUUUCUGAUGAAUGACCAAAAUGCAAAACUUACGUGGAAACAACAGAAAUUUUCAACGCCUACACCAGGAACUGGACCCUAUGGAGCAAAAGAGGGGCAGUAUUACUCUUACAUGGAGUCCUCCCAUCCAGCUGCUAGUACAGGUCAAGAGCUUACUGCUACAUUUGUGAUGAGAAAUGAAAUAUCGGAAGCCCAACCUAGAUGUUUGUCAUUCUACUACAGUAUGCAUGGGGCGACAAUGGGUUCUUUGGAAGUUUAUAGGAAAGGCACAGGAAUUUCAAAGGAUCUUAUCUUCAUAAAGAAAGGAGAACAGGGAAGCCAAUGGAAACUUGCCAAUAUAUCAAUACUACCUGUUCCUGGUAUACAGAUAUACAUAGAAGCAGUCCGUGGAUCAACACAUCUAAGUGAUAUAGGAAUAGAUGAUGUUAAACUAACUCCUGGUUACUGCAACAUUAUUUGUACAUUUGAGCCUGAGGAUCCAGAUUGUGUUUUUGAUCUUUUCAAGGGAGACUACAACUGGGAUAUCAAACAGGGGAAAACACUUUCAGCACAUACAGGACCUUCAAGAGCACACAGUGGACAGUUUUAUGCAUACUUGGAAGCCAGUGAUAGACCAAAGGGUGGUACUGCUGUCAUGUCAUUUAAAGUUCCACCAAUGGCCCACAAUGAGUAUUGCCUGAGCUUUGCUUAUAACAUGAAUGGAGGUAACAUGGGAGAAUUAACAGUACAAAAUGGGGAUGAAAUAUGGACCAUAAAAGGAAACCAGGGACAUAGUUGGAAAGAAGCAAAAGUUAUGAUCCAAGCUGAGACAGGAGACCUUAUUGAGAUUGUUGCCACACUAGGAUAUGACUAUACUAGUGACAUAGCAGUAGAUGAUAUACUCAUGAUGGAAGGAGUCUGUUAAUUAUGU